UUAAAAACUCAAAAUUGUGGAAGGAAGCAUGAGCAGUUCUUCAAAAUCUCUGUAAUAAUCAAUUGGAAUUUGAACCCUUUGUCCAUUUGUAUAACUUUGUCUUCUUCUCUUUAACUACUCGCAAGCUUCCAAAUAUUCCUUGCUGUCACAGGGCUCACUCUCUCUCUCUCUAUAAGCAACCACCAGGGUCCGGGCGGAAGUAACGACGGACGAUCGUGAGACGAUUCUGUCGGUCCAUUUCAUUUGGAUUAUGCAGAUAGAAAGAACCACUCUCUCUCUCUGAGCAUCCUGUGGUUUCCUUCCUCCUGAAUCGUUGGUGACGGCCAUGACGGUGGUGGCCGGAGGAUCUACCUUUCUAGCCUUGCUCAUCUAUUUCAACAUGCAAUUCUCAGAGGCGGCUGUGGCUGUUCAAGACUGUCCUCUAGAUAUAAGUGGGUCGAACUUCAGUCUAGCUGCUACAACAUGUUCUAAUAAAGAAGAUAGAGGAAAGUGUUGUCGAUAUAUUAACGCCUUUGUAGCUGUUUCCGUCGCUCGAUACGCAAAUGUGACAGGAAAUUUGGGUGUCAAUUCAGAUAUGUCCCGAAUUUGUUUAAAUUCCAUAUCAAAAACAUUACAAAUUCAUGGAGUAACACCAAACGCCACAAUUUUCUGCGGGUUCGGGUUCAAAAUUCCCGUUAACUAUGAAUGUCAACGAAGAACAACCGUUACAGAAAUGCUGCAAUCUCCUAGAUUCAGAAUCGUGAAGGAGAAGUGUACUAAACAACCGUUAUCUGUUGAAAGCAAUUGUAGAAAAUGUUUGAAUUCUGGCAUUGUUUAUCUUCGGAAUCUGAUAAUCAGUCCGGAUAAUACGACGUUGACUACAUGUCGGGACGCAACUUUUGCUGCCCUCGCCAGCCAAACCGACAACAUGUCGGUUGCUGAAUUGGCGAAUUGUUUCUUCGGUGUUCAAGGGCUAUUCAGCGUUCCUCCAAUUUUGAAGAAUUCGUCAUCGUCUAUGGUUUCACCACCGCCGGAGGUUACUCCCAGUCCAAUCCCCGCCGCCAGCCCAAACCAACUGUCAAUGACUAUACCCGUUAAUAAGAAACAAAACCGAAGCUACCACCUCACACUUGGUCCAGCUGUUGGUAUAGCGGUUACUUCAGUUGCUGUAUUGAUAAUCAUCGUAUUGGUGUUUCUCAUACGUCGAAAGAAGAGACAGCUACACGAAGCUAGAACCAUUACCACCUCGAAUACGACAUCUCCAACCGCUUCUUCUCAGAUUCAAACAAGAAGACUCUCCCCAGCUCCUUUGCCUUUGUUGAUGAAGAUUGGGUACAAGGAAACGAAAAAGGCGACAAACAACUUUGUUACGGUUGUUGGACAAGGAGGUUUCGGGACUGUUUACAAAGCUCAGUUUGAAGACGGUUCCACAUUGGCAGUGAAGCGAAUGGAUAAGGUGGAAUCGGAGGAGCAGGCUGACGAUGAUUUCUGCAGAGAAAUUGAGAUUCUUUCGCGGUUACACCAUCGACAUUUAGUCGCUUUGAAAGGAUUUUGCACUGGAAAUCAAGAAAGGUUUCUCAUGUAUGAAUAUAUGGGAAAUGGAAGUUUAAAGGAUCAUCUUCACAGUCCAGGUAGAACUCCUCUCAGUUGGCGGACUAGAGUUCAGAUCGCAAUCGAUGUCGCGAAUGCCUUGGAAUACCUUCAUUUCUACUGCGAUCCUCCACUGUGUCAUCGAGAUAUUAAAUCCAGCAAUAUAUUAUUGGAUGAUUCUUUUGUGGCAAAGGUUGCAGAUUUCGGCCUAGCCCAUGUUACAAAACACGACACAAUCUCAUUUGAGCCAGUAACCACAGUUGUCCGGGGCACACCAGGGUACAUGGAUCCGGAAUACGUGAUAAUGCAGGAGCUUACAGAUAAAAGUGAUGUUUACAGUUACGGUGUAUUACUGUUGGAAUUGGUGACAGCUAGGAAAGCCAUUCAAGACAACAAGAACCUGGUAGAGUGGUCACAGGCAUUCAUUUCAUCAGAUUCUUCGAGACUUAUAGAGCUUGUGGAUUCGAGUAUACGAGAAUCGUUCAACUUCUAUCAACUUGAGACAAUAGUAAGUUUGGUGAAAUGGUGCACACAGAGAGAAGGGCGAGCAAGGCCUUCGAUUAAGCAAGUGUUAAGGUUACUAUAUGAGUGCUGUGAUCCAUUGCAGAAUGGGUUUUUACAGGCAGUUGAAGAUAAUAAUGAAGAAGAAGAAGAAGUGAAAAUGAAGAAUAAUAAUAAUGAUAAAGAUCUUGCUUCUUCUUCUUCUUCUUCAACAACAACAACGUCUAGGUCCACCCAUGGAAGUAGAUGUUUGAUUUUAGACACUACUAGCUCUCCUCAUUCUCCUACUCAAGGGAUUCAUUAAUCCCUCUAAAAGUCCAAUUUUCCACCAAUAAUACAUAUCUUUGGAGCCCUUAUUUUUAAAUGUCUUUUGUUGUUACAAUAAUAUAUUGAUAUUUACUCAUUGAGUGCUUUGAGUUGUGCAAUAAAUAAAAGUUUGUCUUUCUCUCCCACAUAUUGACAAUGUUCUUUCA